GGCUUCCCCACCACGUAAACUGAUCGUAGUAGGCCCGGAGAAAUUGGCGAGCCAAUGGUGGGAUUAAGAGGUUACCUCGACCCCACAAAUGGCGCUGUCAUGGCGGUUGCCGUCGUCUUUGAAGUGCUAGCCAUAGCCGCCCGCGCCACUAGUCCACUAGAGUAGAACAGAGUGCCGAGCCAACUUCGCCCAAGAGCCAAGAAGCUUCCGCUGAAGAUGGAGCUGCAGCGGCGAGCGAUGGCUCAGACCCACCGGUUCCUGCUCCUCUUCCAUGCCGCCGUCCUGGCCGGGCUCGCCUCCGCCUCCGCGUCGCCCUCCGUGUCCGUGUCUGACAGCGUAUUCCAGGCCAGCACCGGAUCGACAUCGACGGGGAGGAGGAGCUUGCUGCAGACCAAGAGGGACUGCCCUAUGAGCUUCGAGACCCAGAACUACACGAUCCUCACAAACAAGUGCAAAGGGCCACAAUACCCUCCUACUGAAUGUUGUGAAGCUUUCAAGGAAUUUGCAUGCCCAUUUGCCGCGUACAUCAACAACCAGAGCACUAACUGUGCAGACACAAUGUUAACCUACAUCAACGUCCAUGGCUCGUACCCGGCAGCCCUAUUCGCCGACGAGUGCCUCAAAGGCAAGGAAGGGGUUUCUUGCGAAGGCAUCCCAGAGAUAGGCACCGGCGUGCCAAGUGGUGGGCGACGAGCUCAAGGGAGUUCGCCACAUCCUUUGGUCGCUCUCUUGUGUGGAAUAGGAGCAUUGCUGUUCCAUUGAGUGACACCUUGCAGUUCUACAAAGAUGGUGUGAAUUUCAGGUGUAAGUUGUAAGUAGUAUCUACCAACGAUUAGGAUUCAUUUGCAUCUCCUUGACGCUCUCUUGAUGUUAAUUGUGAUUGGACAUUGGCUUCAUACUUGACAGUAGAUGUUCUAUUGCUGUAGUAUGCCCUUUUGUUAUAGAACAACAUGACAUCUUGACAUUCAACAUUAGAUGAUCAGUUGAUCACAUCUUUCUAUUGGCAGAGUGCACACCCAAAUUAUAAAUCAUGAAAUUGAAGAUCAACUGAUUAUUUUACA